GUAUAUAUAUCAACAUUCAACAAUCACCGAACAGUUAAUUCUAAAGUAAAUAAGAUAUCAAUAGUGAACCAUCUUACUCGAUUCACAAAAAAAUUUAAUAACGUGUCGUAAAUUUUAUAAGUCAUCGUGUGGUAUAUGUCUAGUAGAAGUUUUCUUUUUAAAUAAUUACUUAGAGAAAUAAAAAUGACUCAAGCUCGGCUUGCCUCCUGUAUUCCAUUGCCUUUGGAGCAUAAAGUGCUAGUCACCGUGAUCGAAAAAGCCAAAGAUUGGGCGUUAAUGCAUGGUGUCGGUAUGAGAGAUAAGAAGCACUUUACCAAAGAUGCAAUACAGAUAGCACCAUUUGUUCUCCUGCCAUCACCCUUUCCACGAACAGAAUUCAACAAAGCCAUCGAACUACAACCUAUCUUAAAUGAACUGAUGCAUAAGGUUGCACAUGAUGACGAUUUUCUUGAGCACACCCUGCAGAACACUCUCCAAGUCGACGAGUUCACGGCAAAACUAUUCGAAAUAUGGGUCAAGGUCAAAGACGAAGGCAUAACACAGCCGAUAUCACUAGGGAUGCUGAGGUCAGACAUCAUGCUGGAGUCAAGGUGUCCGCACACAGAGAACCAAUGUGCGAAACACACGCCAUAUUGUUCAUGGAAACAAGUGGAGAUCAACAGUAUUGCGUCCGGUUUCGGCCAUCUUGGGCCAUCGCUCAGCCUCGGCCUCUUCCGCUCGGACUAUCUCUUGCAGUAUCCCGAAGGAAACAAGAUAAAACAAGUGGAGUUUAACACGGUGGCAUCGAGUUUUGGCGCCAUCUCGUCGAAUCUCCCCGACAUGUCUCGCUACAUUCUUCGUCAAUUGGGACAUGGUGAUCUUAUUAAAAAUAUGCCCGAAAACCGUGCAUUAUCGGGUCUGUGUUCUGGCAUAAUCGAAGCGUACGAUUUAUUCGGCGUACCAUCCGCUAUUGUACUAUUCGUGGUCGAAGAGGUCUCGUACAAUAUAUGCGACCAAAGAUUUCACGAAUUCGAAAUAUCCGAAAAAAGGCCUGAUAUCAUGAUUUAUAGAAAAACUCUCAAUGAAAUAUUCGAAGAGACGACGCUGAAUGAUAAAAAACAACUUAUGCUGGAAGGUUAUCCAGUGGCCGUCGUCUACUACAGGUCGGGCUACGAACCGGCUCAGUAUCCCUCCUCCAAGGAAUGGGACGCGAGGUUACGCGUCGAGAGAUCGUCGGCCGUGAAGUGUCCGUCGAUCCACUACCAGCUGGCCGGCACGAAGAAGGUGCAGCAGGCGCUGGCGGCGCCCGGCGCGCUGGAGCAGUUCGUGCGCGCCGAGCUGUGCGCGCGCGUGCGCGACAUCUUCACCGGCCUCUACUCGCUCGACUUCGACGAGAGCGGCGAGCGCGCCGUCGACAUGGCGCUCGAGGACGCCGAGAGGUUCGUGCUGAAGCCGCAGCGCGAGGGCGGCGGCAACAACCUGUACGGCGCCGACGUGCGCGCCGCGCUGCUGCGCAUGCGCCGCGCGCGCGAGCGCGCCGCCUACGUGCUCAUGGAGCGCAUCGUGCCGCCCACCGUGGCGGGGUACGUGGUGCGACCCGGGGGGGCCGUGCCGCCGCCGGUCACUGACCUCGUGUCCGAGUUGGGCAUCUUCGGAGUUAUCAUUGGGACCAGAGACAAAAUAUACUGCAACCGUCAAGCGGGACACAUGCUGCGAACCAAGCUAGCGGAUGCUAACGAAGGCGGAGUCGCCGCUGGACUCGGGGCUCUCGACUCGCCGUACCUACUCGAUGCAUAAAUUAUACACUCGUAAUUAUUAUAUAAAUAUAAACAUAAAAAUUGCAAAAUAAAAAAAAUGGAAAUGUUAUUCAAAUUUUAAUUGUAAUAAAAUAAAUAUAUUAUAAAUGUAUCUGGAAAAAAUAUCGAGUCGUCAAUUUAAAAUAAAAUUGGUGAUUCGGUUUCGAAAAUAAAUAUUAAAAAUUAUUCCCGUUUGUUGCCAUUGCAAAAAUAUAAAUAAAACUUACUUCAAACCAAACAAAGACAAUUAUGUAAUUCAAUUAAUAAUAUAUAUGGCAAUAAGAUAAAUUUGAAAUAUCUAUUGGGGAGGAAGUAUUAAAAGAUAAUAUUUUUAGUUCGUCUUUGUUCUACAAUCGUUAUGAUGUCACAAUUUCUAUUGCAAUAUUUUGUUUCCUAUUACACUUAAAAUCAAAUAAAAAAAAAUUAAAUGCAAUAUUUAUUAAUAAAUAAUAGCAGGCAACAUAAAUAUGUACUUAGCAAAUUAUUUUUGUAUUUAAUUGUUGUUUAGGGAGUGUAUAGUUAAACAAUGCUGUCCUCUUCUUUCGAAUAUCAAAUCAACGAUACAGAAAGAGACAACAGUGUUUAACUAACGCUAAAUGACGUUUAUAAGAAAGGCCGUUAGUAUUUAACAUUCCAAUGUGUAUCAAUAAAUGACUAUAAAAUAUAAACGAAGACAAAAUUGUAGAUCAUUCCACGAGUCGAACUCCUAGGGAAUAAAAUACUCGCACCUCAUUGGUCGACGCUUGCCUUGAAAUAAGCAAGUCGAAUCUGGCUUGUUAAACGAUUAUAUAAUGUGUUAACCAAUCAGCGCUUAAGGACAAUUUCCUUUAGGAGCUCUUGCGUGGAAUAAAAUUAAGUUCUUGUAUUUUAUAACCUAACCUGACACACCUAAUUAGUUUUAAAUGUGUUACCUAAUUUCUAAUCAUAGUGUGUUUAUAUUAGGACAGUUUUAACCAUGUAUUUCUUUCACUAACUACUACGUACUAAAACGUACUUAAACUGGUAUUUUGGUGCACUAUUUGGGCAAGGUUCUGUGCUUGUGCUCACACAGUUAAGGGCAAUGUUAGCAACGAUAUUAGGUACUGAAUUUCUGAUUUGCAUUUCUUUUUAUAUUACUUACCAAUAGCGUUGUGAUAAUUUUGAGACUUAUACUAAAUUCAAUUUCUCCCAAAUAUAUAUGUGUGUGUGUGUUAUAAUUUUUGUUAUGACUUGUUUUAUAAAAAUAUUAAAAAAUUCGCUCAGUCAACUUUCAAAUAUUGUAUUUUAUAAAUAAUAUACACUAUGGCAGUGAUUAUCUGCGGUGCUAUUUGUAAAACUAAAUAAACAUUA